AGGCACAACAGCAUCCUCUUUAAUGCUGUGCCUUCGCACCAGGAACGGGAUGAAAAACUAUCAUUAAAAUUACCCGACUCGACGUAGCCUGAAACCUGUUCGCUUUGUUUCAAUUGAGCCAAUUAUCUUCUUUUCAAGGCUACCUCUAGCUCAUGUAAGACCCCCACUACCUAUUCAGGUAUAGGGAGCGAUCCAUGGAUGCUUAGGUGCAUCAACUAAGCGCUUGGAAAAUCUUUGAUCCAGAUUAGUCCCAUUUUUAUGUUUAGAUCCAUAUUGUGGGGCUAUGCUAUCUUAAGUUUUUUUUAUCUCAAAAGAUUAACUGAGAUGACCCUUGGCAAAAAGGUUGUGAAGCACGGCUCAACCAUACCAGCAUCAAAGACAGAACCACCCAUUUCACAAACGUCAUUGCGAUAACAACAUUCCUUCCACUCAGAUCACUCAGAUCACUCAGACUCGAUUUACUUAAGUCAUCACCAUGUCAAGUAGUAGCACCGUUGCCGCCGAAAAGGUGCAAGAGCCUCAAGGCAUGCGCAAGAAUGGCAAACAAUGGCAUCCACCACGGAAAGCCUUUCGGCCAGGAUCUGGUUUAACCUCAUAUGAGCAACGAGCAAAGACACGCAUGGCGACAGUCGCAGUAAAAGCUAGGGAGAAGGAAAUGAAGGACGAGAAGGAGACCGAAAGAAAGCAACGAGUACAAGCCAUUAAGGAAAAGCGCGCAGCAAAGGAAGAGAAGGAAAGAUACGAGAAGAUGGCAGAGAAGAUGCACAAGAAACGAGUUGAGCGCUUGAAGAGGAAAGAGAAGCGCAACAAGCUUCUCAAGUCAUGAGUCAUGAGCGAACGUUCAUGAAAGUACCAUUUACCUCUUUGUCUGCGAAUACCUACCUGCCUGCCUACCUGCCUACAUACGAAAGAGAAAUGGAGACGACAAGUCAGCCGACUUAGGAUUGUCAAGGGCUAAGGCAGUCUGAGAACCGUAGGUUCAACGGCUCUCCACCGGCCGGUUCUGGGGAGUUGGUGGACAUAAUCUUGAUUGGAACACGCCCCGAUCUCACCUAUGGUCUAUAAAAGGGAGGGUCGAUGUUCUUUAUACGAUGCUUCUCUAUCAGUUCCAAGUUUGGAACGACAGAUACUGGCAGAGUAGUACAUGCUUAGGGUGCCUAAACGAUAAGACUUGAGCGUCAACCAAGAAACAGCGCGGGCUAUUUGUAGCAGGCAACUUACCUAGUACCUCGACAGGAUCUACCGAUUUGAUUCACAGAGCCUAAAUGCCUGGUAGAUACUUACCUAGUUAAUACACAGCAAACAAUGAGACAUAAUUCAUAAUGGACAUCAACAUAUUCAUUGUGUAGUUUGAAAAUAGUUUGUUCGCAUAAUCACCAAAGCGGCGUCGCCC